AACCGACGAACACAGGCUGAAGGCAAACUCUCCGGCGAUCACAACGGUUGCUCUCCGUCGCUCUCUGCAUUGCUCAUUCGACCUAGACAGUGUUGUUGGGAAACCUUCAUCGAUUACUAAGUGAGCAAGAAAGAGGAAGGAAAGGAGGAGAAACAAAAUUAAAAUUAAAGUUCUUUUAAGAAUUGUCUGUAUUCAUCUUUCCCACUUUCUCCUACACCUCGCUCGAUCUGCCCAACCGAAGAACACAGGCUGAAGGCAAACUCUCCGACGAUCACAACAGUUGCUCUUCGCCGCUCUCUGCAUCGCUCAUUCGACCUAUACAGUGUUGUUGGGUAACCUUCAUUGGUUACUAAGUGAGCAAGCAAGAGGAAGGAAAGGAGGACAAAGUAUCACAGACAAGGAAGAAGGAGGAAGAAAGGGAGAAAUUGCCAUUGGCAAUUGCUGAUCAGAGAAAGAAAAGAUGGUGGAAGAGGAUAACAUCUACUCCAUUCCAAGGGGCGGUCCUAUUUAUACCCCUACUCUUGUCAGUGCUUUGACUAGGGUUCCUUACUUCCAGAAUUCUAUUCUGCGAGAACUUCAUGAUUUAAAGCUUGAAUUGGAUUCGGAUUCAUCUCUACUUGCUGAUGCUGAUGAUAUUUCUGUUGAUGAUCUGAAGAUUCUUUCUGAUAAAGAUUUGGUUGAACUUGCUCUCAAGGAAGCUUUUAAGGAAGGUGAGGAUGGUGAAAAUGCUUCACAAGUUUCAGAAAAAUGCCCCACUUCACUGUCAAAAAAUAAGCAAUUGGAGAGCUCUCAUGAAGGAGAUGAUAUUGCAGCUUCAAGUGAUGUCAAACGUGGAAGAUCUUCUAGAAACUGUUCUAAUGGAACCAUGAUAAGAAAGAAAAAAGGCUCAAAGAAGAGGAGGAGAAAAGUUAAUAAUCAUCCUGUUGAAAGCUAUGUUGCAAAGGUGGAGGGACUUGCAAAAGUUAAACUGAAGCAAGAUGAAGAUAAAGCAACAGCUAGACUGCACUGUUUGAGUGCCAGCAGCAAAAUCAAUGACUGUGCCAUUCCAUCUUCAGAGGGCAUUGAGAGAAUGAAAUCCCUCAAGUCUACAAAUUCAGCAAGAAAGGUAACAGCAUCAGAUAUUAAGGAGCACAUACCUGUGGCGUGCCCAGAAGUUGUUCUUUGUGUUGAGGUUUACCAUAACAUACGAAAAUGGUCAAAAACCCAAGAGUUCCUGGUCCUUGGUCAACAAACCUUGACUGAACUGAGGGAUAAGAUAUAUUGCUUGUCAGACCAAGUGAUGCAAAAGGCUGGAAAGCAUGAUCCUUCUGGGUAUUUCCUUAUAGAAGACAUGUUUUACAAUGAUUUAAGGGAUCCCUCUGCUACAGAUUAUAGCAAACCAAUACUAGAUUGGCUUAAAAACUCAAAAGAUGAUGCUCAAAAGAAAUGGGACUGCAUAUUAACUGGUCAGCUACAAAAAAAGCAUAAAGCAAUUUUAGGCAGUUCAACAAACUCACAACUGCCUCACUUUGGAGCUGUUGACAUGAACAAGACACAGUUCUGUGACUUGAGGUUUCGACUUGGUGCUGGUUACCUCUAUUGUCAUCAGGGGGAUUGCAAACAUACAGUUGUGAUUAGAGACAUGAGGUUGUUUCAUCCUGAGGAUGUAAACAACUGGGCAGCUUAUCCAAUAGUCAUCUUUCAACAAAAAACCCUUGUCCAGAAAUGCAAUGUUUGCAACAUUUAUAGAGGUACUAAGGUCACCGUGGAUGAUAAGUGGGCAAUGGAGAACCCUUGUUAUUUUUGUGAUCAUUGUUAUGCUCUUCUUCAUUCUGAGGAUGGCCCUUCAUAUUCAAACUUUUCAGUGUAUGAUUAUUUGCAUGAUUGAAGGAAAAAAUGUGUAUUGGCAUCAUCAUGUUCUGACAAGAAGACAGUUAUUCCACCACCUGUAAGCCAUCCAUGAAAAUGCAUUUCACAAACAAGUAUGUAAGUGCUCAAGUGAUCCAUGCUCCAACUUUCACCAUUGCUUCAUUUGCAAGCUCACAGGAGAAAGCCUUAAUAUCGAGCCCUGGCUUGCUGCUCAGAUAUAUAGCUGCUGUUUUCAUUCUUCUUAAAGCCAGAGCAGACAUAUCAUGGUAUAGUGAAGGCUGUCAUUGAAUAUUUGAGGCAUGCAGGUGUCAAGAUGCUUUAAUUUUGGAAAAAAUUACAGAAAUCUUAACUGUAAGUUUGCUUCUUAGCAAUUAAUCUUUGAUCUUGAAAGAUUGCAAUAGUGAAAUCCAUGAAAAUGUACUUUUUCUAUCUUGUGUUUGGUUGCUGUGGCUGUUCAUUGUUGAUCCUUAGUUUGAUCAUCAGUUUGGUCUCAUGUUCUCAUCUCAGUGUUGUGUAUGCUCUUAAUAGUCUUAUUGCUCGGUGUAGGUCAUUGAAACAUCAUUUCCUUCUGUUACCCAUUGUUGCACUUAAUAGGAACAAAUUUGAAGGGAUUAUUGAAAUUCCUGCCAGAAAAUGUUUUGUCCUAUUUGUUUCUGUAAUUUAUUUUUAUAUAUAGUUACUUCAUGAGUAAUUCUGCUUAGGCCUGAAAAGUAGAGUGAGGUAACUAAAUUCUGUUUGGUAUGAACCAUGAAGGCAUUAUUUUUAUUUGAUGCCAUCGAAAUGUUUUAUUUUAUCCCAAAAAAUUGCCUUGUGUCCG